AUGCCUGAUAAGACAAUAAUAUUGAAAUGUCGGCACUGUUCGAAAAGCUUCAAAUACGAUAGCGAGAGGAGAAGGCACGAGCAAAGCCAUAGUCCUCAAUUUCAGUGCAAAAUUUGCAGUAAAAACUUUAGUUUUAUAUCUGCUCUCCGUCGCCAUGAGAAACAGCAUGAGAGGACCGGCACCGUGCAGUGUACGGAGUGCAGCAGAGAGUUCAGGGACAAUAUACUUCUUAAAAGACAUAUCAAGUAUGCUCAUGGAGGGACAUAUACAUGUGCGAAGUGUGCAGCGGUGUUCAGCAGUGAACCAGCUCUUAAGACUCACAUGAAGACCCACAAGUCACAGUCGGAGAGACGGUACCAGUGCAGCUUCACCGGAUGCACAAAAAAGUUCAACUUCGCACAUCACCUGAAACAUCAUGAGAUGACACAUACGAACACUAAACAGCAUUUUUGUAAAAUUUGUAAUAAGGGUUUCAUACAAUCCCAUCAUUUGAAGACACACAUGAAGACUCACACCGCUGACUCCUCACUGCAUUGCUCCUUCGAUAAUUGUGGGAAGAAAUUCUCCACGGAAUACGCUAAGAAGAGGCAUUUGGCUAAAUAUCAUUUCAAACAAGACAGCGGGAUAUCAUCGGAUUCCAACUCGGCCUGUGAUUUCUCAUGUAUGGCAAAGUUGAAAAACGAGAAUGAUUCCACAACAUGUCCAUCUUGUGGCCAACUUAUAGCUACGGCUCAGUAUGAAGAACACACAUUCAAUUGUAUACAAAACGUAAAAGAUGAAGUAACUAAAGAAGUACCAGCCAAUAUUUUUGAUAACAGUGUUGACAAUAAUUAUUUAGAUACAACAACUGACAAUGACUAUGUAGCUCAUUGCAAACUCAUGAUAGGGGGAUGUAUUAUGAAGGAGAAAGGCGAGAAAUGUGUUUGUGCACAAAUAACUAAGACUAUUGAUGAAGAAUGCGAUUUUACACCAAUAGACAAUGAACCUCUAGAUAUGAGUAAGACAGAGGUCGUUACAAAUAAUAUUAAAAGUACGAAUGCAAAUAACAAUUCGUGUGAGGGCUGUGAAUGUGCCCAACGAUGCGGCGUCAAUAUGAACGCCGUAAGCAACUAUCAGGAUGAUACUGCAGUUGUAGAGUACAAAGCUGAUGGUACAGUGAAACUAAAAGACAUAUUUGAAAUGGACAUUCCUUCCAUGAACAUAGCUAAAGAUGUUAAGCCAGGGAAAGCUAAAGACAACGAAGUCAAUGCUUACGUUUACAAUACUUGUAAGGAGGUACUGGGUAACUGUAUUGUUAGUGGCAAUGGAAUGAUGGGCGACGGGUGUCUGUGUGCGAGGAUGUUACUCGACGACCAAGUGACCGCACAAGAAAUAGAGGACAUCACGCCCCGACCAAACAAUGAAAUAUUCUGUGAUUGA